UCGGUAGCAAGAUUGCACGGAGAGAACCAGCUCUCCUGCUGCUACUGUUCGUCACCCGUGGCCCAUAAAUAGCUCCAACUCUCCCUCCUUCCAAGCGCACAGCUUACAAGUGCUACUACUUGUCCUCUGGUUCGCAACUGCAUCGAUGGCGAAGGAUACCGAGGUGGCAGGACGCGGCGAGUACGGAGGCAAGGACUACACUGACCCACCGCCGGCGCCGCUCAUCGACGCGGAGGAGCUGACCAAGUGGUCGUUGUACCGCGCGGCGAUCGCGGAGUUCGUCGCGACGAUGCUGUUCCUGUACGUCACGGUGGCGACCGUGAUCGGGUACAAGCACCAGUCGGACCCCAACGUGAACCCGGCCGACGCCGCGUGUAGCGGCGUCGGGAUCCUCGGCAUCGCGUGGGCCUUCGGCGGCAUGAUCUUUAUUCUCGUCUACUGCACCGCCGGCAUCUCCGGUGGGCACAUCAACCCGGCGGUGACGCUGGGGCUAUUCUUGGCGCGCAAGGUCUCGCUGGUCCGCGCCCUCCUCUACAUGGUGGCGCAGUGCCUGGGAGCCAUAUGCGGAGUCGGCCUCGUCAAGGGAUUCCAAGAGGCCUACUUCGUCCGCUACGGUGGCGGCGCCAACGAGCUCAGCGCCGGCUACUCCAAGGGCACCGGCCUCGCCGCCGAGAUCAUCGGUACCUUCGUCCUCGUCUACACCGUCUUCGCCGCCACCGAUCCGAAGCGCAACGCCCGUGAUUCCCACGUGCCGGUCUGUAACUCUCAUCACAUACUUACAUAUUUUUCAUGGUGCACUUGGCCACGAUCCCGAUCACCGGCACCGGCAUCAACCCUGCGAGGAGCUUGGGAGCUGCCGUCAUCUACAACCAGGACAAGGCCUGGGAUGACCAGUGGAUCUUCUGGGUGGGGCCUUUCGUCGGUGCUGCCAUUGCUGCAGCCUAUCACCAGUACGUCCUGAGAGCGAGCGGUGCCAAAGCUAUGGGGUCCUUCGGGAGCAAUGCAUGACGACACCUCCGUUUCCUCUUCUACCUCAACCAGAAGAACAAGCCUCAUCUGAUGUUGAUGUCGUUGGGCAUCAACUCAUUUCUUCACCUUCAUGAACGCAUUUGGGUGCUGUGUCAUGUUUCUCUGCAUUUCUCUUCCACUUCACCUUGUUUGCAUCAUCAAGAAUGUACUCCUAAAGUGAAGAUCUAUCAAGUGUCGUCCUUUAUGUCAUCUUCACACGGUCUGGUGAUUGAUAGGCUCAAUCAAUAAAAAGGGGUCAUUUCUAGCU